AUGGAGAAAGUCCAAUACCUCACUCGCUCUGCUAUAAGAAGAGCUUCAACCAUUGAAAUGCCUCAACAAGCACGUCAAAAUCUCCAGAACCUAUUUAUAAAUUUCUGUCUCAUUUUAAUAUGUCUCUUGUUGAUCUGCAUCAUUGUGAUGCUUCUCUGA